UUUAUACUGUAUACAGUACAUCGGGAGAGCUCUUUGUCCUAGCUGUGUCUCUUGUAAUCGGUGGACCUGUAUGGCGACACUACGUCCAGGAUGUCAUCGCCGUUCGAGCGACUGAUCCGUCGGGUUGAGUGGGGGUGAGGCCGUUUACAGUGAUCUGUGAUUGAUGAAUGUUUUUGAUGUCUCGGGUCGGUGAUAAUCUGGAAAAAAAUGUACAAAAUCCUUCGGUUAGACGUACUGUAUGUUUCCGAAGAGCUACGGGCAUAUAACUUUCGUGCUGUUCGGUGACGAGCCACCGGGUGUGUGCAGGGUUUCGUAUUGGUUUCAAAUAAACCUCCUCCUUUGCGAAGCGGAUCAACUGAUAAUUGAAGCACAUGCGGCACGUCUGAAGUCCGUGGCAACAACCCAUGUCCAUCGGGAAUUCGAUACGCUUGGAGACAUGGAAAAUCAUUCAAAUCCGCCUCCUCCAGCCAUGCAUCCAGCAAUGUUGAUGGCGGCUGCAAAUCCAUUUGUCGCGUAUGCUCUAGGCAAUCAGUUUAUUCCUCACACUCAAGCAUCAGUCAUGCAAGGGGCGGCUUUGAUAGGACCUCAUGGUUAUUUCCAAGGGUUCCCGCGACUGGAAGGUAUCCCGGGAUACCCCGCUAUCGUUGCUUCAUCUGGGACGCAACCGGUUCACGAAAGCAUCGAUCACGGAGCGGAGUCCAGCGAGACGUGGUCGACGAAUCCGACGUCUAGUAACCAAGAACGACGUGGUCGCGACGACGAACGUUACAAAUAUGACGACCGUACGUAG